AGGGGUGGGGUUACUUAGGGGCGGUGUUUCAGGGAUAUCUCAACUUAUUUAUAAGCAAACACAGGGCUGCAAGGAUCAAAGUUACACACACCAGGCUGAAGAGCUGAAAGCCAGCCAGCCACCUCUGAGCCAAAGCAGGGCUAGAAGGAAAUCUCAGCCACCAUGGGGAGGCAAAAGGAAGUUCUUGCUAGAAUUGGAGAGAUGCUGAGGAUCAGAAACAAACUAAUGAGGCAAGCACUGGCUGAGUGCCUGGGGACCCUGAUUCUGGUGUUGUUUGGCUGUGGCUCAGUCGCUCAGGUCGUGCUCAGUAGAGGAACCCACGGGGGCUUCUUGACUGUGAACUUGGCCUUCGGCUUUGCUGUUACACUUGGAAUUCUGAUAGCAGGGCAAGUGUCAGGUGGCCACUUGAACCCUGCUGUAACUUUUGCUCUGUGCCUCAUGGCCCGGGAGCCGUGGAUUAAGCUGCCUGUUUACAUCCUGGCACAAACCAUCGGUGCUUUCCUAGGAGCGGGCAUCGUCUUUGGCUUGUACUUCGAUGCCAUAUGGGCUUUUGGCAAAAACCAGUUGUUUAUAGUGGGACGGAAUGGAACUGCUGGCAUUUUUGCCACAUACCCGUCUGAGCAUCUGGAUGUAGUGAAUGGAUUCUUUGACCAGUUCAUUGGCACAGCAUCUUUGAUUGUUUGCGUCUUGGCUAUUGUGGAUCCCUACAACAACCCUAUCCCCCGGGGCCUAGAGGCUUUCACUGUUGGCUUUGUGGUCCUGGUUAUCGGGACGUCCAUGGGCUUCAACUCUGGAUAUGCCGUCAACCCAGCCAGGGACUUUGGGCCUCGUCUUUUCACCUCCAUUGCUGGCUGGGGCAUGGAAGUGUUCUCUAUUGGCAUGCACUGGUGGUGGGUCCCGGUCAUGGCCCCUUUCCUUGGGGCAGUUGCUGGCGUGCUGGUUUACCAGCUGAUGAUUGGAUGCCAUGAAAAGCCACCUCCAUCCACUGAGCAGGAAAAUGUCAGGUUGGCCGAUGUGAAGCAUUAGGAAAGGGUCUGAGGAGGCUGGCAGAUAUGGACACUUUUCACAGGACUGCAGGAACCAAAGAAGAGAAGGAGAAGGAGAAAGAUUCAAGAACAACAAGAGAUUCCACUUCUUGAGAUAUUCUGUCCUAGUUUCUUUGUACACCCUGAUGCGUUUUCUUUAGAAAUUUGCCCAUGAGCCUUUGCCAAAGGCACCACAUAGUCUCAUCCUGGUAAAGGGGGGGUUGGCAGGGCAGUCAAGUGGUUAGAGCGCAGACCUGACUCAGGCAACCUGAGUUCUAAUCAGGCUUUGCUGCUGGCUUACUGCGUGACCUCGGGCAAAUCACUUCACUUCUUUGAGCUUGUUUCUCCAUCGGCAGGGUGGGGAUGAUGAGACCUCCUCACGCCCACCUUUAUAAAGGGCUUUGAGAUCAACGAAUGAAAAUAUCUAAAGGCAAAAGAGAAGCAGGCAGUUGCAGUCUGCUGUUGAAUUCAUUCCUGGUGUAACUCCACUGCAGUCAAUGGUGUUACACUAGGGAUGACGAUAGCCCAUUAAAUCUGUAGUGCAUGCCAUUAAUAGCAUAGCAUUAAGAUCCACAUCAAUCAGGCUUUGCCUAGAUAAAACGUCACAAUAGAGAGAAAGCACCAAUGCACUUGGCUUUAAUUUUGUGCUAGGACAAAACGUUUACAAGCCCUCUUCACAUGGAUAUUUGAUCCUCAGCGUUCACUGUGUCAUUGAAGACAAGAUUUAGGAAAACACUAAUCCACCAGACGCUUGCCUGGGAAAGCUGCCUUCCUGAAUGCAUUAGUGAUUCUUACUCAUUAGAGAAGCUUAUAGUCAUGUUUGAUUGAAAACAUGGUGCUUGACUCUCGAUAAGGCUGUGUUUGUUCAUGUAAAUUUCACAUUAGCUUUAGGUACAUAAUGCCAGGACAGGGAAGAGUUAAUUCACGGGUGACAGAAGGCAGCUGUCUAUUCACUGACCUGCUUUACGAUACUGUCAUUGCAUUUUCAAAGUACAAUCAUGUUGGCAGAGAAACUCCAGCUCCCAUGUUAUUAGAACAUUUUUGAUACCCAUGGCACCAUGUUGUAAGAGCGUCUCAAUUUCCAUGGUGCCACGUUGUAGCUCCGGUACUCAUGGCGUCAUGUUAUUUGAUUGUCUUUGAUAUCCGUGAUGCCAUCUUGGCAGAGAAUCUCUAGUUCCCAUUGUGCCAUUCUAUUUGACCUUCUUUGAUACCAGUGAUGGCAUGUUGUCAAUCCCUGAUUCCCAUGGCAUCAUAUUAUUAGAGACCCCUUUGAUAGCUGUUCCUUUAGUGCAUGAAUUCCUUUCAAUAUGUUUCUCGUAUACAGUGCAUAUUUACAGUCAGUAAAACUUUGUAUUCUUUCAUGCUUUUUUGUGUGUGUAAAUAUUGAGAUUGUAAAAUGACUGUGUCAGUUUUACUUAGUUUAUUUUUAAACCAUUUCAAGUAAACUCUGACACUUGGAAAGUCAUCAGUGACAAUAACAUGCCUGAUACAAGUUCUCUCACCCCUUUCAUCUCUUGAGAAUCUGUAAAAGGAAAGGGAAAUUUAACUUUAUUGGGCACAGUAGCUGAGUGCUACCUUCAUGUUGUAUUCCUUUCCUUCUGAAUUGUAGUUUGUAGUGCUAAGGUGAGGUUAUGCAAAGAUCAGGGAUAUGGGAGGGACCUACUGCAGAUGUAAAAUCAUGCACCUAAUCUUGUUAAUACACAAAACAAGAAGCCAGCCCCAUAGAGUGUACUGGGAAUUGGUUCAUAGGUUCGCUGAAAGACAAGGAAAAGCACAGGAUGAGAUGAACCCAUGCUGGCUUUGAACACCCUUUAGAAAUGAA